AUCAGUAGAGAUAAAGUCCUUUUGGUAAACUUAAAAGUUAAACCUGAGCCUGGUACAAAUGGCGAUUGUCAUAUUCAGAAUAAUACUUACUACAAAGAAUUUUCAAAAGAAACCUCUUGCAAUACUAGCCCUUGGUUUCCACAUAUCAAUAAGAUUGAUUUAGAAGAAGAAACAGCUACU